AUGCGUGCCGAGCUCGAAAAAAUGGCGCGUAGAGGUGCGUUGAUAGUGUUCGAGGGUUGUGACAGAGUCGGCAAGUCCACGCAGUGCCAGAGACUUGUGGAAGCUCUGAAGACGUCCGGAAGGCAGGCCGAGAGCCUUAGCUUCCCCAACCGAGAUACGGCCAUCGGAAAGCUGAUCAAUAAUUAUCUAAACAAGAAAAUCGAACUGGAGAACCACUCUAUUCAUCUUCUGUUCGCCGCCAAUAGAUGGGAGAUGGUCCCACAGAUGGAAAAGUUACUAAAGUCUGGGACAUCACUUAUAGUGGACAGAUACGCCUUCUCUGGAGUUGCCUACACUGCAGCAAAAAAGACUGCUGAGGUUGACUGGUGCAAGUGGCCAGAUAUUGGUCUCCCAACCCCAGAUGUUGUGUUCUAUCUCUCGCUCUCACCAGAGGCUGCCCAGCAGAGGAGCAUGUACGGCAACGAGCGAUACGAAAAGGCCGAGUUCCAAGCGGAAGUCGAGCGGCAGUUCCAAGCGAUGAAAGACGAAAGUUGGGAGACGAUUGACGCUUCUAGAUCAGUGGACAGUAUACACAGAGAGGUUCUGGAAACUUCUCUCAGAGCUAUCGAGGAGAACUCUCAUAAAGACAUUCUGCCUCUUUGGAAGAGAGAAAAACUAACGCUCUGACACGGAUGAUCCAAUUCUGUGCUGCAAGCUGGUCUCAGAUUAAAUUUUUUUGAUGAUCUAUAUAAAUUUCAUUGUGGUGCACGACAUGGUCGUAAGCACGUUUGCGAUCAUACGUUGUAUGUACAGUACAUGUAUUGAUCUGAGUAUACUAUGAAUUAUGAUGCAGGAUGAAUGAAGGUAGCACUGAGGAGGUUUAGGAGGAACCGAGACUGCAUGUAGUUGGGGAAGCACGUGGUGUCAGCGAGCAUGCUGUCCGGAGGGAGAGAGGGGUUAACCGGGUCAACCUGGAGCGGUUGGUAGGUAAACUCCCCACUUUUGGAGUCCAGUGUUAGGGUGAACAUAUGACCUGCA